AUGACGUUUGCCCAGAAACUCCGCGAUUUCUUCCAUUGCAAGAAGAAGGGGAAUAAACCCCGUACCCAGAACGAGCUGUCAGCUACCCGAUUGACCAAAGGAAUGGAAUCCGCGGCAGCCAAGGUCCCACACUUGGACACGAAGGAGCAUACCCUCGACCUUCCGACUGCUCCACCUCGCGCCCUCCUUAGGGAGAGUACUCUCUUUGCCGGCCACCGCACCACCCAGUCGCUUAUGGCUUAUGGCCAAGCUGACCUUACCGACAUCGACCGCAUUCCCCGACCACACUGGGGUUCCGGGUUGUCCGAGGCUCACAUUCACGAAAGCCAAUCCCGGGUCAAGACCCAUUACCGAUAUGAGAAGCUGGAGAAACGAGGCAUCAAGGCACCAACCUUGUCAGUUGGGCCAAAGCGAAUGGACGCACUCGAGGCGUAUGAAAAACUCGAAGAGAAGGCGGCGAAGGGGCUGAAGGAUUGCCUAGCAGCCGCACAAAACCAGAUGAAGAUGGAAGGAACGGCCGAGGUACCACGCGACAAAGACCAAGGCAUGGAGGCUAGUGAGGGACGUUUGAGCUCGGCUCGCGGUGCGGUCCCUCGAGUCAACCUCUUUCUGCGACCAGUCAAAACCCCACUUAGCAUGGGGUUUCGAUAUUGGUUGCGGGAAGGGGUUGACCGAGGGCUUCAACCACACGCGGUCGGCGCUCACCUCUACGGAAGAGACAAGAAGGGGGGCAGCAAACGCACCGUCUUUCCCAGAGAGUGGGAGACGACCUUGGUCACAUCGGUCGAACGACCACGCGCUGUCCCCUACGAAUACUACCAGCAAUUCGCGAGGGAAAUGUAG